CACCGCUGCUCCAGGCUCUGCAUCCCUCCAGGACCCUGCCCCAGCCUCUCUGGGGUGGGUACAGGGCUGUCGGGGCCCCUGGGCACAAGCGAGCUGAACAUGAGCAUGUUCCUAAAGUGUUUUCUAAUCCUUACAAAACUAAACAGAUAAACUACCCUCCAGCUGAAGGGAGUGUUUUGGCAGCCUGUGCGUCUUUCCCCAGUUCACCAGUGGGUGCCUGCUUGCGCCAUUGCAUCUCUCUGUCACUGUUUUGCUUUGUCUGCUGUCUUCUCUCCCUGUUUCCCAGCCUGAAUAGCCAAGGAACCUGCAGACGCUGACCGGAGGGAUCUGGGUAUGGGUGACAAAACAGCAUUCCCGAGGCAUGGUGGUGCCUGCCCCACGCUCCUCUGUGCAGCAGCUUCUCUGUUGUUUUGCUAUCCCAGAUUCCCAGGUUGUUUAUGGCAGCAAUUCCUCAGAUUGCUGGCCUGCCGCCCCUGGGCUCUCCAGACAGGGCUGGUGCUGGUGGGACGGGUGCAGGCUCCGUCUGCCCGGUGUGGAACACUGACUUCAGAAGGGCUCGUGGAACUGUGCCCCGCUCUCCGGGCUGGUGGGUCCCUGGAGACCGCCAGGACACAGGGAGCUUGUGGGUCUGGCACGAGUUUGUCACAGGCUCAAGAGCAGGACUGCCAUCCCCAGGGUGCCCCACACCUGGUGCUGCUGCAGACCCAGCACCCGUGGCCCAGGAGCUGCUGGGUGAGGCCAGCGGUGACCGCUUGUAGGCACGAUGUGAGCGUCGAGUUUUCUGCUUGUUUGACUUUUGCCACUGAAACUGUAGCCCCUGUGAGUUUGCUGUGGUCCCACAGGUGAUAUUGCUGGCGUUGCUGCUAUCUCCUGGUGCACUGCCCUAGGCAGACGUACUCUCCUCGCUUCUCCACUGCAGGCAGCUUGUCCUUCCAGUCAAAGCUGGGUGUGCCUAUGUGACCUUCCAGGUCUGUACUUCCCAGCCUGGCCGGCACAGUGUGUUGCUCCCACAUGAGCUCCACAGUAACCAGCAUCAGAUGCAGUGAACAGCAGCACUGGAGUGGCUCCUUGUGCUGCCUCUCUGGUCGGCUCUGGCACGCCUCUGCCAGCCACCCACCUCAGUUGCUGGAGGUUCUGCAUCGCUCGCAGGUCCGGGCGGCUGCCUUGCGCCCUGCAGCCACCUCUGUGACCUCAUCUGUGCUCUCGUCCUUCUCCUUGUGGUCUCCCUUCAUGUCUGUCAGGUUUAUUUGCUCAGGGGAUCUUGUGGUGCCAGCACGCAGUGUGGCAGUACACUCCUCCCCACGCAAGUGAGCAUCGCUCUGUGUGUCAUCCCCGAGCAGUGAUCUGACUUCCUUCCUGAAAUGGGAUGGGAUAGUUAAAUAGCACAAGGUUGGGACUGGAGUCCUGCAGGAUCCUGUCAGGAGCUCUCCCAGAGGGUGGUGGGGAUAUGUCUCUGGGUCCCAAGUGUCUGAGUGGGGAUAAAUCGGUUGUGGUCCAUUUGUCAUGUGCCCCAGGGUGGCAUUAGUGUUGGAUCAUCCUGCUCUGACCUGCCCAUGUCCUGCGCCUCUUCCCUGUGUAACUUGGGCACCGUGUGCUGGCACGGGCACAGACGCUCGUGGGGCACCUUGGGCGGGGGGGCGGUGGUGCAUGGGAGAAGACUCAGACUUUCUCAGCUUUAGGGGGCAUUGGCUGCUGCUCUGUUUGCACUAGGAGGACUGUGGCUUUUGCAGGGAUUUUAACUGACUCCGUAGCCCCCUUCUGAAAAGUGACUUCGUAACCCUGAGCAAGCUGUGCUGGUCAGUAGUGCUGCAGGGGGAGGGAGGCAGGAAAAAGGGAAACAAGCCACUUAUAAAACCUGACGAAAUACUGCUGGAGCCUGGCGUGCUUAUUGCUGGGACAAAAGGGCGCUGCUGAAAGGCGUUAAUAAAAGCAAAGGGGAGAGGAGGCGCUUGCCAUGGCAAUGAGGGGGCUGUGAGACCAGAGGGGUGGGCCAGGCAGGGAAGGUGAAGCUGGAGCCUGGCUGUCACAGGGCUGGGUGGGUCAGAGCAGCAAGGGGGUUCGCAGGGCACCAGUGCUGUCUGCCUCGGGCCAGCGCACCCAGACCUGACCUGCCUCCCACGCUGCGGUGAUGCUUGGACCCCCGCAGCCAUGACAGCGUAGGCAGGCGGCGAGAGAUGGAUCGCUUCACUGAGUGCGGGACCCAGACGGACGCGGUGGUGGUGCUGUCCCUGGCGCAGGCUGCGGUUCUGGGCUUGGUGUCUGAGAAUGAGCUGCUUGGGGCCACAGUCAGCCCCUCGGGCUUCUUCCCAGGGCUGGGAGGGGAGCUGCCGGACACUGCUGCGGUGGAGCCUGGGGAGCCGGAGGGUGAGUGCCGGCUGGAGGGUGAGGGGCAGGUGCCAGGGGAUGGGCAGGACGAGGAUGCCUUGGAGGCAGAGUCUUCCCUGGAGAAGCAUGCCCGGAGGAGAAAGAGGCCUCCAGUGAGGCUGGUGCCCAAGGUCAAGUGUGAGAAGGCAGAGGCGGAGGAUGACGUGCUGUAUGAAGUGUCCAUCCCUGGGGACGAAGAGGGCGAGCAGCAGCGCAGCCACCAGUCCGACCUCCAGGACCCCAGCCAGGAGCAGACGGUGCAGAGCAGCGCCGUGAAGAUGAUUGACCUUGGCACCUUUGGCAGGAAACCCCGGCGCCUGCGGCACCUGCGCCGGCAUGCACACCAGGAGCUGGAGGGCACCGAGCGUCACCUGAGGAGCACUGGUGCAGCAGAUGGUGCCACCGCGGGGGACCUGCGGACUGAGUGCGCCUUUGAGGCAGGCGCCCCAUCCCCCAGCGAGGCAGAAGCCCCUGCACCAGCAUCCCCCGAGCAGGUGAAGAGCGAGCAGGGCUUCGCCUGGCAGGAGCCAGGGGAGCUGGAGGCGGAGGCGACUGGUGCCACCAGCGAGCGCAACAAGAAGGCACAGCUGGACCGACUGGACAUCAACGUGCAGAUCGAUGACUCCUACCUGGUGGAAGCUGGGGACCGCCAGAAGCGCUGGCAGUGCCGCAUGUGUGAGAAGUCCUACACCUCCAAGUACAACCUGGUGACCCACAUCCUGGGCCACAACGGCAUCAAGCCCCACUCCUGCCCCCACUGCAACAAGCUCUUCAAGCAGCCCAGUCACCUGCAGACCCACCUGCUGACCCACCAGGGCACACGGCCCCACAAGUGUGAGGUGUGCAGCAAGGCUUUCACCCAGACCAGCCACCUGAAGCGGCACAUGCUGCUGCACACCGACAUCAAGCCCUACAGCUGCCGCUUCUGCGGCCGGGGCUUCGCCUACCCCAGCGAGCUGAAGGCACACGAGGUGAAGCAUGAGAGCGGCCGCUGCCACGUCUGUGUGGAGUGCGGGCUGGACUUCUCCACGCUCACCCAGCUGAAGCGGCACCUCUCCACGCACCAGGGCCCCACGCUGUACCAGUGCUUGGAGUGCAGCAAGUCCUUCCACUACCGCAGCCAGCUGCAGAACCACAUGCUGAAGCACCAGAACGUCCGGCCUUUCGUCUGCACCGAGUGUGGGAUGGAGUUCAGCCAGAUCCACCACCUCAAGCAGCACUCCCUCACGCACAAGGGUGUGAAGGAGUUCAAGUGCGAGGUGUGCGGGCGGGAGUUUACCCUGCAAGCCAACAUGAAGCGGCACAUGCUGAUCCACACCAGCGUCCGUCCCUACCAGUGUCACAUCUGCUUCAAGACGUUUGUGCAGAAGCAGACGCUCAAGACCCACAUGAUUGUGCACUCACCGGUGAAGCCGUUCAAAUGCAAGGUCUGCGGGAAGUCCUUCAACCGCAUGUACAACCUGCUGGGCCACAUGCACCUGCAUGCGGGGAGCAAGCCCUUCAAGUGUCCCUACUGCUCCAGCAAGUUCAACCUGAAGGGCAACCUGAGCCGGCACAUGAAGGUCAAGCACGGGGUGAUGGACAUCAGCCUGGACAGCCAAGAUCCCAUGAUGGACCUGGCCGGGGCUGACCACGCCGAGCUGGAUGGGCAGCAGGAGAUGGAUGACUUCGAAGAGGAGAACUCUUAUGGCUACGGGGGGGUGGGCAACCCUCCGGAUGAGCAUGCCCUGACUGAGCAGGCCAUGAAGGAGAUGGCAUACUACAACAUGUUGUAGCCGAGGCUGGAGGAAGCUGGUGGGGGCCUGCGUGAACUUUGCGUGGUAAGAGGAGCUGCUGCCGGGGGGCUGCGGCACCCAGCCAGACCUGCAGCACCGCCCCCGGAGAGGAGGGGGGGCUCCAGCUGAGCUUGGUGAAGGAGAAAAGAGGGAUGUCCAGAAACCUUUGCUGGGGUGAAGGCGGGAGCAGAAGCUGGAGGUGGCACAGAGGAGCUGUCGCUGCCUGCCAUGGGCAUGCUGGGCUCCAGGCCGCUGCCAGACCCUUGCAGAGCCUCAGUGGAGCUCUCGCCAUCGCUGGGGUCCUUCCCUCUGGACCCCUUCCACCACCCCUGGAGAGGGAGCACGGAGCUAUGCACCGGCUGCCUGCAGCUCUCCUGCCCGGCACUGAGCUCCCCUGGCUCCACUCCUGCCCACCCGCCCGCCUGCCCCACCACGCGGUGGCACGUCAGGACCUUGCCCCUGUCUUCGCCCUCGCCUGCACUUCAGUGUCCGGGGCACUUGAAGCUGCAGGCAGGGGAAGGCACGUCCCAGAAGAUGAUGAGCAUUACUAAUUAUUCUACCUCCUGGGUCCUCCCCCACGGCUGUGCUGGGGCUGCAGCCCGGCCAGCCCCCUGCUCCCCCCAAGCGCCCCGUGGGGCAGAAGCCCCUCAGCCCGCGGGAGGAGGUGGGUUUGUGUUUCUUGCCCUUCCCAGUCUCCCGGGCAGGCGAGAGCUGUCCCGCUUGCUCUGGCACUGGCUGCAAGCUGGCACGGGCGAAGCUGUGGCAGCCUGCGUGAGGCCACGGGGCACAUACAAAACAGAAUAUUUUCUUACAAACUAAUGGCGAAGCUCAGAGGAAGCAGCAGCUCUGGGUAUAAAGCAACUGUAGCGAGCUGUGUAUUUAAAGGAAGGCAAACCCUGCUCAACUUGAGCAAAUGAUGGUAUUUUGAAAGUAAUUUAUUUUUUUCAGAUGUGCCGCGUGGUUGGAUUUAUCUUUUCACCGAGUUAUUUCCUUCAACCAAUGUGCUUUGUAAACCUGUGUAACGUGUGUGGUCUGUGCGCAGGGAGCGGUGAUGCUGUGCGGGGGGGAAGGGGUUGAGGACCAGAGCAGGGUCCCACCACCCGUGGGGCAGCCAAGCACUAACGAACCACAGCCACUCUCUGUGCUGCCAGUGCCCCCUCCUUGACGUCCCCCCACCCCCCACCCCCCGGCUGCUUUGGGGCUCAGGAAAAGGCUUUGGCAGGCAGUGAUGUGGGUUUGCACCCUCUGCUCCCAGGGUGCUGUGCUGGGGGGGAGAAAGUAGCUGGGGCAGCAGUGGGUCUGGGACCACCACCCUGGCUCUCCUCCCUCCCUGCUGUGGGGCAGGGGGUGGGCAGCUCCCACAGCAUCACUCCCCACACGUGCCCGGUGCCAGGUGGGCACCAGUACCCCCUGGGAGGCUGCAGCAAGCCCAGGACCUGGGGUCCACUGGCACAGGGUCUGGGACAGUGCAGGUCCCACCAUGCUCCCCAGGGCAGGGCACAUCUACCCCAUCCCCAAAAGCCCCAGGCUGGCUCUGGGGGGGUGGCACCACUCAGCCCUCCGUGCCCCCAGCACCAACUUCCCUUUCCUCUAGCCUCGGGGCAGGAUGGAGCUGGCUGCAGUGUGCCAGCCCAGGCCCCCUCCUGCCCUGCGGCAGUGCUGCCCCCUCCCCACAGCCCCCACACACGCUACCUCAGUCCCGUUACCAAAAAGCUGCGACGCAUGUCCCCCCCUCCAUGCCAGGCGAGGCCGAGCCCAGGGGACCUUCACCACUGCCAGGAGGCAGCUGUGGUACCAGGCUUUGCCCUGUGGGAUGAGGUGGGGGGUCUCGUGCCAGCAGCCCCUCAUGCUGGCAUGCCCCCCCCCCCCCCCGCAUACACAGAGCAUUCAGCCACCCCUUGUGCAAAGCCCUACUGUGUUUUGGUUGGUUUUUUUUAUCUCCUUGGUUUGAAGAGUUGUUUAGCAAUAAUUCUAAUAAAUGCAUAUUCUUUA